AUUCAUUGAUUGUCAAAUGUUCCAUGUGGCUGUUUUGUGUUCAUCUGUGAAAAAUUAAAAAUAUGAGUGAACAAUUAGUUGAAAGUGCGAAAAAUCUCGAUUUAAACCAAAAGGAAAAGGCAUGAACCUUUAUUUUUUACUAUUUACGUUAGGAUGCUGAAAGUAUUAAGUUUUUCAAGAGCUGCACUGCCUGUAAACCGGCGUAAUUUUGCCACAUUGGCCACCAAAAUGAAAAAAGAAAAAUCCAAAUCAAAUGCUGCCGCAGGAGAUAAAUCCACUGUCGGUGAGCUGAAACCUCCACCAGCUUUUAUUGAAGAAAGGCUGAAUUUGUGGAACAAACUCAAGGCUCAGUAUGAAGCAGAUUUGGCUGCCAAACCUGAAGCUCCUAUAAAAGUAACUUUGCCCGAUGGCAAAGUAGUUGAUGCGGUUGCAUGGAGGACUACUGUGUACGAUAUUGCUAAAGGAAUCAGUCAAGGUCUUGCUGACAACUCAGUAAUCUCAAAAGUCAAUGGAGUUUUGUGGGACUUGGACAGACCACUAGAGUCCGAUUGCAAAGUCCAAUUACUCAAGUUUGAUGAUCCCGAGGCUCAGGCUGUUUUUUGGCACUCCACUGCUCACAUGCUAGGAGAAGCUCUAGAAAGAAUUUACGGAGGUUGCUUGUGCUAUGGUCCUCCCAUUGAAAAUGGCUUUUAUUAUGACAUGUGGCUGGAUGAUAAAGGGAUUUCCCAAACUGAUUUCCCCCAUGUAGAAAAUCUGAUGAAAAAUAUUUCUAAAGAAAAACAGCCUUUUGAGCGUCUAGAAAUGAAAAAGGAAGAUCUUUUAGAAAUGUUUAAAUAUAAUCCGUUCAAAGUGAGGAUUUUGAAUGAAAAAGUCGACACUCCAACUACUACUGUGUAUAGAUGCGGUCCACUUAUUGAUCUUUGUCGAGGACCUCAUGUCAGGCAUACUGGAAAAAUUAAGGCUUUGAAAGUUACCAAGAAUUCCUCUACUUAUUGGGAAGGUAAAGCAGAUGCGGAAACUUUACAAAGAGUAUACGGAAUAAGUUUUCCCGACAACAAACAACUAAAAGAAUGGGAAAAAUUCCAAGAAGAAGCUGCCAAAAGAGAUCACAGAAAAAUUGGCAGAGAACAAGAACUAUUCUUCUUUCACGAGCUCUCUCCUGGUUCCUGUUUCUUCCAACCUAGAGGUGCCCACAUCUACAACGCUUUGGUUGAUUUAAUUAAAAAAGAGUACAGGAAACGUGGUUUCCAAGAGGUGGUGUCUCCCAACAUUUACAACGCUAAACUAUGGCAAACUUCGGGACAUUGGGCUCAUUACGCUGAUAAUAUGUUCACAUUUGAUGUAGAAAAAGAAAAGUUUGCCCUGAAGCCCAUGAAUUGCCCUGGACAUUGUUUGAUUUUUGAUAAUAGAAUAAGGUCUUGGAGGGAGUUGCCUUUGAGGAUGGCUGAUUUUGGUGUGUUGCAUAGGAAUGAGCUAUCUGGGGCUUUGACUGGAUUAACCAGAGUAAGAAGAUUCCAACAAGAUGAUGCCCACAUUUUCUGUGCCCCAGAACAAAUCAAGCAAGAGAUGAAAGGUUGUCUAGAAUUCUUGAAACACAUCUAUGGUGUGUUUGGCUUUACUUUUGAUUUGGUGUUGAGCACCAGGCCUGAAAAAUUCUUGGGAGAGGUUGAAGCUUGGAAUGAGGCUGAAAAGGCCCUCAGUGAGUCUUUAGACGAGUUCGGGCAAGCUUGGAAAGAAAAUCCUGGUGAUGGUGCUUUCUAUGGGCCCAAAAUCGAUAUCACUAUUAAAGAUGCUUUGAAUCGGUCUCAUCAAUGUGCUACUAUUCAGUUGGAUUUCCAGUUGCCUAUUAGAUUUAAUUUAUCCUUUGUUAGUGAAAGUGGUGAUAAAAAACGGCCAGUUAUCAUCCAUAGAGCCAUCCUGGGUUCUGUAGAACGUAUGAUUGCCAUCUUGACCGAAUCCUACGGUGGUAAAUGGCCAUUUUGGCUGUCGCCCAGGCAAGUUAUGGUUGUUCCAGUUGGACCAAACUAUGACCAAUACGCAGAAGAAGUCAGACGAAAACUCUAUGAAGCUGGUUUUAUGGCUGAAGUGGAUAUUGAUCAUGGAGAUACUUUGAAUAAGAAAAUUAGGAAUGCUCAAUUGGCGCAGUUCAAUUUUAUUUUGGUUGUUGGAGAAAAAGAAAAAUCCAGUAACACCGUGAAUGUGCGGACCAGAGAUAAUGUAGUCCAUGGUGAAUUAUCUGUUGAUGGGCUUAUUGAAAAGUUUACCCACUUAAAAGAAAAUUAUAUACAGGGGGAAGAUAAAAUUUAGUAAACUUGGUUUCACACUCCAUAGUCUUAUUGUGGCACCUUUUUAAAAAAUAUUUCGAAUUUAUUUUAAUUUUCCAUGUUUUUUGUUGAAAAAAAGAUGGGAUUUCCAAAAUCUAAAACCCAAGAUACAAAAAUUGAGUAUUGCUUUAAAUUUAGUUUCUUAAUUUUGUACCCUUAAUUUAUUUGAUUAUUUAUGCAUUUAAAACAAUUUAGGACAAAAUAAAGGAAU